GCGAGCAGCGGCCGCGGGGAGCAGGAGCUGCCCCAGCGGAGGCGGCCGAGUUUCUGCGAUUCCUAUCGACUUUGGGAGAUGUAGGCAGGUCUGAUAGCUGCAUUGGAUCGCUGAUUGAGGUCCCCUCUAAAUUAUAACACUGAAAACAAUGGCAACAGAAUGUAUAAAAACCUGCUGUAAAUUGUGUUUCUGCAUGGACAAGGAAAAAAAUGAUCCAGUUUCCAUGGUGCAGGAAUCUGAAGCAGUAGCUGCAAGCAAGCCAACUAUUGUAGAGCAGCCUCCAUUGUCUUCUGUCUCAGUGAAGCGUCAAGUUGGCUGUUCUGAAGAUUAUUUGCUUUCUAAACUACCCCUGGAUGGUCAGGAGGUACCAUUUGUGGUCCCUCCAUUCAAACUGGCUUAUGUACAGCCAAAGAACCUUCCCAGUAUGUCACAUGCUGGAGGGAUUAAAGAGUCAGCCAGAGCCUCGUUUGGUGAGCGGAAGGCAGAGCUGCACGGCGUGUACCAGUGGCCUGGCUGUGACGUGUACAACCCCUUCUACCUGGAGCAUCGGGUUUCACCAGAUCUCAUCAGGCGCUUCCAAGCAAAAUCAAAUAGUAGGAAAUUGUAUGGAUCAGUUAGUGAUUUAAGACCCAGUGCUUUGCCUGGAUCCCUUGAUGUAAGUCGUUCGAUGUUUGAUCUCAGGAGCCCACCUCACCGAUAUAUGAAGAGAUAUGAUUCAGUCUCCAGUGUACCUAGCAGUUCCUCCUCCAGGAAGGAUUCGCAAGGCAGUAACAGGAGUCUGGAUACUAUUACAUUAUCAGGUGAUGAACAAGACUUUGGAAGACUGAAUGUGAAGUUGUGUUAUAUUUCUUCUGUAGAACAGAUUUGGAUCACAGUUUUACAUUGCAAAGACCUGAGCUGGCCUUCUAGCUGCGGGGAAAAUCCUCGUAUCUGUGUCAAGGGAAUUCUCACACUGCCCAAGCCAGUGCAUUUCAAAUCUUCUGCCAAGGAGGGCUGCAAUGACAUUGAAUUUAUGGAAACUUUUGUUUUUGCCAUUAAACUGCAAAGCCUGCAGGCUGUCAGAUUGGUAUUUAAAAUCCAGACACAGACUCCCAGGAAAAAAACUAUUGGAGAAUGUUCCUUGGCACUGCGGGAGCUGAGCUCACAGGAAUCCAAUCAUUGGCUGGAUAUAUCUCCUCCUUCCAAAGCACCUGUGUGCCGUGCAGAACUUCAAAUAGGAACUUGUUUUCAAGCAAUAAACAGGAGGAUACAGUUACAGAUUCUUGAAGCACAAAACCUUCCUGUUUCAUCCACGCCACUAUCUUCAAAUUUCUUUGUGAAAGUUGGAAUGUUUAGUACAGAAGGGAUCAUCUAUAAAAAGAAGACUCGCCUUCUGAAGUCCACUAAUGGCCAAGUGAAGUGGGGAGAAAUGAUGUUUUUUCCAGUUAGCCAAGCAGAACAAGGAAUUGGUUUUCUCAUCAAGCUCUACAGCAAAAGCUCAGUGAGAAGAAAACACUUCCUAGGACAGAUCUGGUUAAGUUCCGAUAGCAGCAACAGUGAAGCAGUAGAGCAGUGGAAAGAUACCAUUGCAAAUCCUGAAAAAGUUGUUGUUAAAUGGUACAGCAUUGGCCCAUCUUGAAGACUGGAGAAGAAAUUCAGAACUGAUUUUUCUACAGAAAUUCAUAUGCUAUCUAAAAUAGUAUAAAUUAAAAAUAAAGAUAUUGUCUGUGCAAGUUCUUCAGAAGUUCUCCACUGCAUCAUGCCUCUGUGGAAAUGAAAAAUUCAGUUUCACCAAGAUAAAUACUGGCUAAAUACUACUAAAAAGAAGACUUGGGAACUAGAAAAAGUGCUUGUUUGAUUUCACAAAAUCCAUCUUGAAAAAAAGAUGUUUGCCCCUUUUGGAUUUCAUAAAGGCACAAAAUUCAAUUUUGGGGAGAAGCAGCUUUAAUCAACUCUGUUUCACUAGCCACUGACAUCAUGCAUUGUUAUCUUUGGCAGACUCCAAAGUCCAGGGAAUGGGUCAUGUCAGUGGCUUGAUUCUGGGUACCUGUGAGCAUCUGGGGUUGUUGACACCAUUUGAUCAGAAUAACAUGUGCCUGAGCAAGUGGGGAAACUGUGGCAGCAGGAGAAGGUAUAAAGGGAAGUACACAAUAAGGCAGUACCCAUAGGCUUUUCUAAUCUCCGUUUUGGAUGAAGGAUUGUUCAGAAGGCUGUAGCUUGAGCUUGCCCCCAUCUUUUUCUCAAAACAGAGAGAUGGAAAGAUAAAAAUUCCUCUGACUUAGUGAUCUUUACAAGAGGAGCCCUCCAGACUUGCUCUGUUUGGGUAAGUUCUGGCUGGAAUCAAUGGAAUAGUACAAGGAGGCAAUAACCCUGCCUAGGAUCCGAUCCAGUAUGUUUAGAUUGUUUUCUUAUAUAGAAUACUUAUAUGUAAACCACUUCCUAUCUAGUCAACAUGAUCUAGCAUUUGCUUACAUUGCCAAAACACAGGCUAACAUGUACAAAGGAGUAAGCAAAGAUUUACUGACUUGCGUGCCUUUUGAUAUCAAUUAAAAUGCAGCACUGGAAGGGAUUCAGACUUUUUUAAAGGAUGGGCUGCUACUGCAGAAGUAUUUGUUACAUGUCUAGGAUGCUAAAAAAUUAUGUGUUGGAGUAUAUUUUUAUUACUUGUUUCUAGUAAGAAAUUAACAUUUUUUUAUUGCAAAUUGUAUUUUUCCAACAAAAUCCUAAGAUUAUAUUUUCUGGUAGUUCCCAUA